GUUGGCUACAAUGAUUGUCUUUAUUUUGCAACGCCUUUGAGAGAAAUUCCCCCAGAGAAUGCCGAUAAAUCUCAAUAUCGGAAUUCUAGGGCAUGUUGACUCUGGCAAGACGACUCUAGCAAAAGCUCUGAGUGAAAUAGCCAGCACAGGUGCCUUUGACAAGAAUCCACAAUCCCAGGAAAGAGGAAUUACUCUGGAUUUGGGCUUUAGUGCUCUGCAGAUUGACUUACCGGCUAAUCUGGAAGCUCCCACCAAUGCGGACAAGAAGCUUCAGUACACCUUUGUCGAUUGUCCCGGGCAUGCAAGUCUCAUCCGGACAAUCAUCAGUGGUGCUCAAAUAAUUGAUUUUAUGAUUUUGGUCGUGGACGUGGUGAAGGGAGUUCAAACUCAGACAGCUGAGUGCAUUGUGAUUGGGCAGUUGACGUGCAAGAAGAUGCUAGUGGUACUUAAUAAGAUAGAUCAGCUGGAGGGGCAGAAGGAGCAGAAAAUUGAGAAAAUGGCAAAGAAAAUGCGGAAAACCCUGCAAGGAUUGGGAAUCCCAGAUCCACCUGUUGUAGCUGUUUCUGCAGCAACGGGGGAGAAUCUCCCGAAACUCCUGGAAGCAAUUAAGAGCUUUUCAUUCCUCCCAGAGCGCGACACUGCGAAACCUUUCCUCUUUGCCGUUGAUCACUGCUUCAGCAUCCGUGGUCAGGGAACCAUUUGCACAGGAACUGUCCUGCAGGGAAGCAUCCGGGUGGGGGAUGACGUCGAAGUGGCGCAGCUUAAGCUGACGCGGCGUGUUAAAUCCAUCCAAAUGUUCCGAAAUCCCAUCCAGGAAGCAAAGCAGGGAGAUCGCAUUGGGAUCAGUAUUACCCAAUUCGAUGCAAAAGCCCUCGAAAGGGGAUUUAUUUGUCAUCCCGGCAGUGUUCUGCAGUGCCGCUGUGGUGUCAUUAAGCUCUCAAGGAUUCCCUUCUAUCGAUCAGAAAUUGCCUCAAAUACCAAAUUUCACAUAACUUCCGGCCAUGAAACAAUUCUAGCAAAUAUUAUCCUCUUUUCCGGAAAAUCUCCUGAAUUUUCCUUCAACGAAGAGUACAGAUUUGUGGAAAAUAUCCAUCAGGAGAGUUCAAAUGAUCCGCCGGAAAACACUGAAGAUGCUCCGGAAAAUACCUUUGUUCUCUUGCAAUUUGAACGACCAAUUUCUGUGAUCCCUGGAAGUCUUGUGAUUGCAUCAAAAUUGGAUUUGGACGUUGCUACAACAACCUGUCGCCUUGCAUUCCAUGGGAAUCUCCUGGAAGUCACAGAAGACAGAGAUUACACAACAAACUUCCUGCCACGGUUGAAGAUUUUCAAGGAAAAAUCCAAAAGAGGGACAAUUCAGAGGGUUGUUAAUGAGUACGAAUUAAUUGCUGGGAAUCUCCUAAAGCCAGGAAGCAGGGAGAUCUUCAUUGGGAUGCACAUCGGGCUGUCAACGGGGGAGAAAGGAACAAUUUCCAGUACUUUCGGGCAAACAUCGAAGGUGAAACUAACCUUCCGGGAUGCCCUUCUGCCAACAACCCUUGAGAGCAUCAAAGGUAAAUCCUCCCCCAUCUUUGUGGAGCUGAAAUUCAAGAAAUUCAUCUUCGACAGGGAAAAGAAAAUCUUCCAAUGAGGAUAAAGGUAAUUUUUGUAUUUCCAUUUUCUCAUCAUCUACAAUAAAUAUACUCAUGCCUAUGUACAAAGGAUUAAACGUAAAAUGACUAGGUCCCCACAAAAAUUCUGGAUUUCUUUUUCACGUUAACAGGAUUCACAAAAUGCAAAGAUUUUUUUUUGUUAAAAUGUCUGAAAAGUCUGAAAAUCAUCUAUAAUGUCAGGAAGAAUUGAUUCGUCUGAGUUGUUCGCUUUUUAUGCUUCAGGAAUUACAUAAAAAAUGAUUAAUUUUCCUACUUUUUUUUAAUUAUAUAUUUCAUGCUGAAAUCUCGUGCUGUUGUAUUUUUUUUUCCAUCCCUUAAUCAUCCCUCUAGUGACACAAUAAUGCCACAAUGUUGCAAAAUGAUCAUCUUUUGUAAUUUUUUUGAGAAAAAAAUAUUUAAAACUUAAUGAAUAAAAGUAAACUUUGAGAUCAA